GUAAGAUAUCGGUACUCUUGAAACUGUAUGCUUCAAUUUGACCAGGAUCAUCGCCCAUCACGUCCACCGUGAGGAAUAUGAAAUAUAUAAUUCUCCUUUGUGCACUUUGUAAUUUUGCAGAGAGUGCCAGUAAUCCUGAAGUUAAAGAAUGCGGAGGAACAUACUAUGCUACCCAUGGGGUGAUUUCGUUCCCCUUUGCCCACAGUCCAUCCCCACACAGUCUCCACUGUGUCUACACAAUAUCCCCGGGAGAGACUGUCUACCUCACAACUACUAAUGGUGACGCUAAUAUCGACAUGAAUACUCUAAUGGUUACCGACGCUGACGGGAAGCACUACAGUGGCGCUGACUUGGCCAAGUACAACCUGAGGAGUUCUCGGUUUGACGUGGAGUUCAACACCGGAGAUUCCGACGGACAUACCUUCCAAAUUACAUGGGAUAAAACAUUCCUCGGUUGCAACAAGACCAUCAACAGCACUUCUGGUAUGCUAGAAUCUCCCGGGUACCCAUUUAACUACGAGAAUGACGUAACUUGUGUGUACACCAUCCACAGCAACAAUGUCACACAGAUUACAAUCGACGACCUUGAUCUACGAGAAGGAAAGGAUUUGCUACAGGUGACCGGUCUUGACUACAAUGGGGAUGUGCAGCACGUCUUUUACACCGGCACACAGAAGAACGUGACACUAAAUGGCAGGAAGUUCGUGAUAACGUUCACGUCAGAUGGUGAUGGUAGAAGCGGUCGUGGAUUUCACUUGACCUGGAAGGAAGCCGAGGGUAUUUGGGAUGACACAUAUGAAGAUACGGAUCCCCAUGGGUGUAGCGGUGUAUUCGUCGGUGCGUACGGAUAUCUUGAGUCCCCUAACUACCCCGACAACUACUAUCCCGACUCCAUCUGCAACUACGUUAUAUAUGACGAUCAGGUUAAGGACAUACGUCUUGAAGUCCAGGACUUUCAACUGGUGCCUCUUGAAGACUACCUGCUGGUUAAUGUUUCUGAGCGAGGUGAGCUGUCUGAACACAUCUAUGGGAAUUACACUGGUGACGAGUUGCAUCCCAAGUACAGCAUAAACGGGGCUUACUUUGAUUUAGAACUGGUUAACGAUGGAAAUGACACUGCUCGUGGCUUUCGACUCACCUGGGCACCGCUAUCAAAACAUGUCGACCCGACGAAGGAGGUGGCAGUCGAGUUACCGCAGUGUCAAACUACGUACAACAGCCGUUACGGCGUCAUCGAGUCCCCCAACUACCCUCAGUCUUACCCAGUCUUUGCGGACUGCUUCUACACCAUCAACAUCACGGAGGAGGUGGAGCUCAUCCUGGAUGACAUGGCUAUAGAGGAGGACUACGAUUUCGUUGAGAUAAGGAGAUACAACGGUAAUGAAUACAUCACCAUACAGAGCCUCACAGGGCGCCACCGUCUGCGAGAUGACCUGAGCUGGCGGGGAACGGGGCUUCAGGUCUACUUUAGAUCCGAUGAAACAAAUGGAGACAGGGGUUUCAGAUUCACGUGGAGAGCACAAGCUCCAGGAGGGGAAGGGGUCUCCAACCACGAAGAAGGUGCUGUCAGAGACAUCCUUGUCGAGUGCACCAAUAAAGGACUCUGGGUGUCAAUUCCAAUCAACAGUAGCACUGAGCUUUUUCCGAACAUAUCAAUGUCUGACCUGACCCUCGAUGACCCGAGCUGUACUAGUAAGGUGUAUUCUGACGGCUGCACACUGUCAUCCCCGCUACUUGGAUGUGGCAUGACCCGAGAGGAGACUGACGACUACAUCAUAUACAAGAACACUAUCCGCAUCCCUCAUGAGGGCGAGGAUGUCAUCACCCGACAUGACACCCUGGACAUCCCCGUGGAGUGUCACAUGAGCAGAGAAGCUUCAGCGGUUGGCUACUACUGGCCCAAGCACAGAAACAUCAUGAUGGCUCUGGGGUUCGGCAACUUCACCCUCUACAUGGACCUCUACCGCGACUACAACCACAGCGACAGGAUCUCCACCUACCCCUGGACAGUUGAGCUGGACGAGGAACUCUUUGUUGACGUGAAAAUGGACGCAAAGGAUGCAAACCUGAAAAUAGCCCCCAGAACAUGUCUGGCUAAACCGUCGCUUAGUACUGAUGACUUCUCGGACGCCUACUACCUCAUCAGGGAUGGGUGUCCCACUGACCAGACAGUACAGAUGGGGAACUCAACUCCGACACACAUCGACUUCCGCUUCCGGACGUUUGAGUUCAUGCGCAAGAAGGAAGACGUGUACAUAUUUUGCCAUGUAACUGUAUGCAACGGAUCUGAUGUCAGCCGAAGAUGUAACAGUGAUUGUGAUAACCUCUACCGGAAGCGCCGUGACGUCACAGAGGGAAGUGACCAUGACCUUUACAUCGUCCAGGGACCACUCAGGUUCAGUGGCAAGAGGAACUCCGAUUUGUCCGACAGUUCUGGCAACACGACAGGUACGCUUGUCGCAGUAGCUACCAGUAUGGCAGUGUCGGCCAUGUUGGUGGUACUGGCUGCUGUUGCUAUGGUGAUCGUGAGAAGGAAAAAGGCUCGGAAACAGUCGAACGUUUCACCAAGCUUGUAGAUAAUACCAACUGGAACGAAAGAACUGAAAAACAAUGCAAUUUGACAUCAACAAGCACUCGAGCCUGUGUCGCAAACACGAUGCGAGGCGACGAAAGUGUAUCUUCAGUGUAAAGCUUUUGGUUUUAUGAUAUAUAGUUCAUGCGCAAAGAUGGAUGUGGGAUGAAUAUCGACUGGACAGACAUUUGAAAGACUUUUGUUUUUGUACUAAUGUAUUAGUUCAUUUUCCAGGCUCCAAUGAGAGCUUAUAACAAGGCCAUAAUUAUGUCUAGUUUGUUUUAUUUCAAGAACCUGUUUUCAAGAUAAUUAUAUGGGUAUAUUGGUGGAAAAUUCGUAAAACAGAAAAUAUGAAUUUGUCCUAGAAGAUUUGAAAUAAAGUUAUCCUCAUUCACAUUUUUUUCCAUAUGAGUUAAAUUGAUUGCCAAAAUCCAAGUUUAAGGUCAAUAUGUAUUCAUUGUUCCCACUCAGA